ACCGAAAUUGCUCUUUAUAAUUUUUUUUACAAUUAUUCUAAUACAAAAUAAGUAAAAUUUUAUGACAUGUGUCCUUUUUAUUUAUUUAUUUAUGUGUUGAUAAUUAGUGCAAUAUGCCAAAGUUAGGUGUGACCCCAAUUUUUUCUCUCAUGAGCAUACAUUAAUGUAUACUUAUGCCUUGUUUUUUUUUUAUGUUGACAAAUCACAAUCAUUUAUUUGCUUUUUUCAAACUCAUUUAUAUGUUAUUUUUCACUUCGCAUAUCCAAAUGGGGCCUAAAUGGUGUAUUGAUAAUUUUGUUAUACUAGAUGAUGAAUAGUUUUUUGUUUUUUUUGGUGGAUUUGCAUUAUAUAAACCCAGUAGCAGUGAUUUGGCUUUAAAUACUUGUCAGAAACAAAGGAAUACAUUACUUAACAUGGACUAAAGUUUUAUCAUAGUUCUGUGCUGAAUUUUCAUGUUUUUUUUCUUUUUUUAGUUGCUUCAAAGUUAUUGUACUCAAAGAUUUUGGAUUUUGAAUUAGGUUAUAAUGCUACUGGUGCAAAACCAUUUUAGGUGGUAUUUGAUCUCAUUUUCUGGGUAUGAGGUCUUCUUUUUGUUGCACAAACUUACCAAACAUUUCUUUGUUGCCCCUGUAUCAUAACAGAUAAGCUGAAAUGUGAUUAACUAUACAUUUCUCUAUCACUUUAGUAUUAUUUCUUGUAUAUACAUAUUACAUACUUAAAUAAGAAUUAUUUAGUCACAUAUGAUUAACUAUAUUUGGAUUAGAUGUAGGUUGGGGUGGUAUAUUCUGAAACCUGAAAUGUGUGAAAUCCACCCAUUGCCAUUCACAAUCCUGAAAGGAACACACUUGAGCCUUUUGUUUUCAUUUGACGCUUUUUAGUUUUUUUGCUAUGGUCUCCCUUAUACUUGUAUGUUCUAAUAAAAUAAUGUAAUGUAAGGACUCUGUCAGCCCAUUUAACUGCUUAGACCAACUUCUAAUUGCAUGCGGUUCUUUAAACAUAUGAGUCAUGCUGCUUUAUACCGCUUUUGAAAAUUAGUGCACUGAAGAGUUCUGCAUUUUGGUUUUCUAAUGCUAUAUUUUUCACAAUGACAGCCAAUGAGUAUGGUGUUACCUAGUGUGGUUGGAUUCAAGUUGUCUGGAAAACUAAACAAUGGUGUCACAGCUACUGAUUUGGUUUUAACUGUGACCCAAAUGCUAAGGAAGCAUGGUGUUGUUGGCAAAUUUGUUGAGUUCUAUGGAGAAGGCGUGGGUAAAAUAUCAUAAGCUGAUAGGGCCACUAUUGCCAAUAUGUCUCCUGAGUAUGGUGCAACAAUGGGGUUCUUUCCUGUUGACAAGGUUACUUUGCAAUAUCUAAAAUUGACUGGAAGAAGUGAUGAAACUGUGGCAAUGAUUGAAGCAUAUUUGCGUGCAAAUAACAUGUUUGUUGACUAUAAGGAGGGAAAUCUUAUUUCGACUCCACCAACCAGUGAGACUAUUCUUCGAGGGAUCACACGAAAAACUGUCAUCGACAUUGCCCGUGAUCAUGGGUUCCAGGUGGGAUGUACGGUAUGCCACCCCUGAUGGACCGCUAUGGCUUGGGUAUGGGUAUGGCCAUGGGCCAUGCUGGCAUGGGCCCAAGGCCUGGAUUUUUUCUAGAUGAUAAAUAUCAAAAGAAAGAUGGAAUGCGUGAUAACGACUGGACAUGUCCUAAAUGUGGAAAUGCCAACUUGUCUUUUAGAACAGUUUGCAAUAUGAGGAAGUGCAAUACUCCAAAGCUCGAACCUCAGGCUGAGAAAUCUGAUUCCAAUUCUAAACACAAGAUGCUCGAUGGGAGCUGGAAGUGUGAGAAAUGCAAUAACAUAAACUACCCUUUUAGGACCAAAUGUAACAGACAAAACUGUGGGGUCGAUAAACCAUCUGAGGGACAGAAAUUCCCUUCCUUUUAA